ACCCGCACCGGCCAGAUCUCCGGGGGAACCGUUCCCCGGUAUCUGGCCGGUGCGGGUCCCGCCGCAGGCGGGGCGGGCUCAGUCAAACCCCGCCUACCGGGACUCCGCACCGGGAAGCGUCGGCUGGGGCCGCACCGCGCCGCCGCAGGCAGGAGUAAACGGUGAGCAGAUGGACUGUGUGAAGGCACGAGGUUUGAUCGUCUGAAAGGAGACGCUCUGCUGAGGAUACCCCCCGGGGAAUCUGUUGGGUAUCCCUGUUGUCUCAAACUCUUCCUUGAUAUGGAACAAAAUGAAGGUGAACAGGAAUCCCAGCCAGAGAGCCAUGUGGAUAACAAGAGCAGCGUGAAAUCCUUGCCUGGAGGAGCAGCCCAUGUCAAGCUAGAGAUCAAAAAACAUGCAGUUACAGAUGACUACAAACUCUCCAAACGCGUGUUAGGGUUGGGAAUCAAUGGCAAAGUCCUGGAGUGUUUCAACAAGGAGACAGGCCAGAAAUGUGCUUUGAAGCUCCUGUAUGACAACCCCAAAGCCCGUCAGGAAGUAGAAUAUCACUGGAGAGCAUCAGGAUGUCCCCACAUUGUCCACGUCCUGGAUGUUUAUGAGAACAUACAUCAUGGGAAGAGAUGCCUCCUCAUUGUCAUGGAAUGCAUGGAGGGGGGAGAGCUGUUCAGCAGGAUCCAGGAGAGAGGAGAUCAAGCUUUCACUGAGAGAGAGGCUGCAGAGAUAAUGAGAGACAUCGGAACAGCCAUCCAGUAUCUGCAUUCGAUGAACAUUGCCCAUAGAGACGUCAAGCCUGAAAACUUGCUCUACACAUCUAAAGAGAAGGACACGGUACUCAAACUCACAGACUUCGGCUUUGCCAAAGAAACCACUGUACAAAAUGCACUGCAGACCCCCUGUUACACUCCUUAUUAUGUGGCCCCAGAAGUCCUUGGUCCGGAGAAGUAUGACAAAUCGUGUGACAUGUGGUCAUUGGGUGUCAUCACAUACAUUCUCCUGUGUGGGUUCCCCCCAUUCUACUCAAACACUGGUCAAGCCAUUUCUCCAGGGAUGAAGAGGAGAAUUCGGAUGGGACAAUAUGGGUUUCCCAAUCCAGAGUGGGCAGAAGUAUCAGAGGAAGCCAAACAGUUGAUUCGACAGUUACUCAAGACUGACCCAACAGAGAGGAUGACAAUUUCUCAGUUCAUGAAUCACCCUUGGAUUAACAGAUCAAUGGCAGUGCCACCGACUCCUCUUCAUACCGCACGGGUCCUGCAAGAGGAUAAAGACCACUGGGAUGAAGUCAAAGAGGAGAUGACCAGCGCUUUGGCUACCAUGAGGGUGGACUAUGAUCAGGUGAAAAUCAAAGACUUGAAAACAUCCAACAACCGCCUCCUGAACAAACGCCGUAAGAAGCAGAAGCAGGCAGGCACCUCUUCUGCAGCCCCGGGGUGCAAUAACCAGUGAGAAGAGAAGCCGAGGACCUGUGGGUGGAGGGUAAAACUGAAAAGGAACAAUUAUAAAUGGGUAUGAUCGACAUAAACUGUACCACAAAGGCGAUGAGACCAUGGAGAAGCAACCCUGCAAGGAGGGGGCAAUGUCACUGCUCUCUGUACAAGUAGCGUGGGUGCAGUUCUAUUAUGGACACAUCUGGGCCGCAUUUUGUGCUAGAAUUGGUAAUAAUAUUUCCAAGCUUACUCUCUAUAAUUACAGGAUAUCACCCAAACUGUAAACAGUUAUUCCUCUUACAGAAAAAAGCAUCCAGACAUUUCUGUUUUCCUAAAAUCUUCAUGUAAUCUCAUGAAGAGUCGAGUUUGUCACGGGUUUUCAUUUGAUAACGAUGUACCCAUUGUGUCGUGUCGGUGCCACUGUUGGAUCCCUCUCUUGCAAUGUUUUUAAUUUAAAUGGUACCUUAUGUGAAAAGUUAUAAUAAGGAUUUAAUUAGUUGAAAGUAUCCUGCAGAGAAUGUUGCUGUUCCUCUUGGAUCCACAGUCUCUAGGGCGUGCGGCUGGACGUGCAGUCGUGUACAAGAAACUGCUCUGGAAGAGAGACUCCUGAAAUCUGGGAAGGAGCAGCGAAUGCACAUUCUCUGACUGGACCCUGGUGCCUGCCGGCAUCCCUCUGGUAACCAGAUCCUGAUCCUAAGGUGUGCUGAUCAGAUUUUGGGCUGCUGGGGUUGGUUUGUUUUGUGUGGUCAGGCAGGAGGAGGGUGCUCCUUUAUUUGCAGUGUUUUGCCAGUGUUUCUGGAUCCAAAGAUUUUCGCCACCUCACAGAGAUUUACCUCUAAGUACAUCCACGCAUUGUUUUUUUCCUGUUCCAAUUCUUGCUUCAUGGGAUCCUGGCCUUGGUUUGCUGAUUUGUUUUACUUUGUGAUCAACAUUUUUUCUCUCACUGUAUUUUGGGAUUUUUUUUAGUUGAGGUGAAGCAAAUAUUUGUGAAAGUAUUAUCAGGGUCUGGGAUGAAAAUGAUGUGCUUCUAGUGGUGCAGGCAGAAGCUGCUUUGUGGUAGGCCCACAGACUGGUGUGUUGAUAGGUUUGGAAGAAGCCAAAAAGGAAAACAAGGCUCCAGAGAAGAUCUGAAUUGCCAAAUCUGACUGCCAUGUAGGUCUUGUUCCCACCAACAAAGGGCACCUCAAGGCUUUGGACUUUGCCUGGGGAUCCCUGUGCCCAUCUUCAAAGGGUUGGGUGACACCUCCGUUCUUCUUUGUGAACAGGUCCUAGGGUUUUAU